ACAAAAGGCCGUGACAAAUUCGUAGCGCUGAUGUGGCACCCACGGACCGUUGGCGACGAGCAAUUUGCUUUUCCGCCUUUGCGGGGACUAUAAAAACUCCACACACUCAUCCCUCCCAACGCACAGCAUUUACAAACGGCAUCCCUCCCGAUCGUCUCCCUGCAUAGACUCUGUCGUUUUCCACACUCUAAAUAUAUAUUCACAUUCAAAAUGACAAACUCUGGAAAGGAAAAGUUGAUCAUCUUUGACACUACUCUGCGAGACGGUGAGCAGGUACGUUUAUGCAACGCCUGCAGACCCCUCCAGUCUUAUCUGUCACCCGGUGUGACCUUGACAGCACAUGAAAAGGUCGAGAUUGCUAGACAACUGUCACGCUUGGGAGUCGAUGUCUGCGAAGCCGGAUUUCCAAUUGCCUCACAGGGUGAUUUUGAGGCUGUAGAGCGUAUAGCAAAAGAGGUUGGGCCUUUGACGGCGGGGAGACAUAGUAACAAGCCAAUGGUUAUCUGUGGCCUUGCACGUGCGGUUCCAGCUGAUAUCCAACGUGCUUACGAUGCUGUCAAACACGCACCUGCCCACCGAAUUCAUACCUUCCUCGCCACUUCCGACAUCCACCUUCAAUACAAGCUUAAAAUCAAUCGCGAGGAGUGCGUUGCGCGUGCCGUCGCUGCAGUAAAAUACGCCAAAUCUUUGGGAUGCAAGGAUGUAGAGUUUUCUCCAGAAGACGCUGGUCGCUCGGAUCGUGAAUUCUUGUGUCAAGUCCUGGGCGAGGUGAUUAAAGCUGGCGCGACCACUCUCAAUAUUCCGGACACAGUCGGAUACAACACACCUGAGGAGUAUGGGGCAAUGAUAAAGUUUCUAGUGGAGAAUGUUGAAGGCGCAAAAAAUGUCACAUGGUCUACUCAUUGCCACAAUGAUCUUGGUCUUGCGACUGCCAACACGUUGGCGGGCGUGGCAAACGGCGCACGGCAAGUGGAAGUGACUAUCAAUGGUAUUGGGGAGCGUGCUGGCAACACUUCCUUGGAAGAACUCGUUAUGGCAAUCUAUACCCAUCCAACCGCAUAUCCUGUGUUCCAUACCAUCGAUACAUACCAAAUUUACAAUACUUCCCAGCUAGUCACAAAGAAAACGGGCAUGGUAAUUCAGGGUAACAAAGCGAUUGUGGGUGCCAACGCUUUUGCGCACGAAUCUGGCAUUCACCAGGAUGGUGUCCUGAAAAACAAAUCGACUUACGAGAUUAUUGAACCCGGAGUCGUCGGCAUUCCUUCCAAUUCCCUGGUGCUGGGCAAGCACUCUGGACGAAAUGCAUUCCGCACCAGGUUGGAACAGCUGAUUCAGAAUUCCAUGUAUGAGGAUGUCUUGAAGAGUGAGCCUGCCGUCUUUGAGAAGCUUUUCGUCGCGUUCAAGAAAUUGGCGGAUACGAAAAAGCGCGGCGUAACAGACCAGGAUUUGUUGGCUCUCCUAGAUGAUCAGCUUAACAUGCACGACUCUGGAAGGGAAACUUACCAUUUCAAGUCAAUUCAAGUAGUCUCCGGAUCUGGCGUCUUGUCCACCGCAACCGUUACAAUUAUUGACACAACCAUGACAAAAACGAACUCAAAUGGGUCAAUUGGUGAGAAUGGCGAAACUUCCCCGGUAGCGGCAUCUACACCUGACGCACCUGAAGGCGUGGAACGUUGUGAUGCGGCCAUUGGGCAUGGGCCAGUACAUGCGAUUUUCUCAGCCAUCAACCGUCUGAUCGGUUGCACAAACAUGCUGGCAUCUUAUGAAGUCAAAGCCGUAACUGAAGGAUCAGACUCGCUGGGAAGAGUGGUAGUUCGAAUUCACGAGGCAAGUGAUGAGGACGAGGAUGCAGUUCGUCCUUCAAAAGCGCCACGUCUGGAGGACGAGUCCUCAGCGUCCUUUCAAGAUCGCGAGACGUUCCAGGGACAAGGAACGGACGAAGAUAUUUUGGUAGCAUCUGCAAAGGCAUAUAUCAACGCGGUAAAUCGGAUGGUGGAGUCCAAGCGCAGGUCUGUUCAGCGCAAAGUACCUGUGCAGACAGAUAAAGUUCCGGUGGUUGGUGGUAGUGUAGAGGCUGUUCCUCGGUCAAGAAAGGUGGGCGUUUGAAGAUUUGAAACUGCGGUUGUUUGUGAUGGGCACGAGGGUUGUAAAUAUGUAGCUGGUAUGCGAUGGGUUUAAUACAAAUGUGGCGUGAAGAUAACCCUGACUGGUUGAUGAGAGAACUUCAACGUUUCGCGUCACCCAAGAUUGGGCAUCAGUAUGCAUGGCCGUUGAUCCCUAA